AAAUAGAUAAAUUGAGGGAAAAGGCUCUUCUCAUCGGUUUCUUUCUUUGGGCAGUGCAGGCCCCCUUAUUUUCCGCAAAAGAAGAACAAUAAGACAGUCAAACACAGAUACUUGCUUCCAAGUCUUCGCUGCGUGUUUCUUCCUUCACAGUCUUUCAGCGUGAUGCUUCUGUGCUGUUGUUUCCUCAGCUGAAUUUUCUGCAAACCCUGGGUCUGUUCUUUUGUUUAUUGCAGUUGGCAUUAGAUACCAAUCUCUGUGAAGUAUCUGGACAAAUUAUUCUUCUUAGGAUCUUGGUGAAGAUGGUUUUGAGUAGCCGAGUUUUCAUUGCUCGUGUUAUUGUUGGUUUCUUUCUGCUGAUUGCAUGUGGUGUGACAUAUGGGACUGAAAGUGAUAUCUCCUGCUUGAAAAGUGUGAAGGCUGAACUUGAAGACCCGUACAAUUAUUUGAAUUCCUGGAGUUUCAAUAACAAGACAGAAGGGUUUAUCUGCAAGUUUACUGGGGUUGAAUGUUGGCAUCCUGAUGAGAACAGGGUCUUGAAUCUCAAACUGUCCAACAUGGCACUCAAGGGCCAGUUCCCUCGUGGAAUUCGAAAUUGCUCGAGCUUAACAGGAUUGGAUUUGUCAAGUAACCGGCUCUCUAAAACCAUUCCAGAAGAUAUAUCUACCCUUGUCACCUUUGUGACAUCCCUUGAUCUAUCUUCAAAUGACUUCACUGGGGCAAUCCCUGUGUCCCUUGCGAACUGUACCUAUCUUAAUACCCUCAGACUUGACCACAACCAACUCACUGGUCAAGUUCCUGCAGAAUUAACUCAGCUCCCGCGGCUUAAGUCAUUUUCUGUUUCCAAUAAUUAUUUGACAGGACAAAUUCCGACAUUUAAAAGCGGUGUAACUUCAGCAGACAGUUAUGCAAAUAAUACAGGCCUCUGUGGUGCUCCCUUGGAUCUUUGCAAGGCUAAGUCUUCCAAGAGUAACACAGCAGUUAUAGCUGGAGCAGCUGUUGGUGGUGUGACUCUUGGAGCAUUAGGAUUGAUUGUUGGAUCGCUGUUCUAUGUGCGCCGUGUUUCUCAUAAGAAAAAGGAAGAAGACCCUGAAGGAAACAAGUGGGCAAGAAUGCUAAAGGGAACUAAAGCAAUAAAGGUUUCUAUGUUUGACAAAUCAAUUUCAAAAAUGCGCUUUAGUGAUCUCAUGAAGGCUACUGAUAACUUCAGUAAAAGCAAUAUUAUUGGGUCUGGAAGAUCAGGAACUGUGUACAAAGCUGUCCUUGGUGACGGCACAUCGCUCAUGGUUAAGAGAUUGCAGGAGUCUCAACACUCAGAGAAAGAAUUUCUGUCUGAGAUGGCUAUACUAGGGUCGGUCAGACAUCGUAAUUUGGUUCCUCUUUUAGGAUAUUGCCAGGCCAAAAAGGAGAGGCUUUUGGUUUAUAAAAACAUGCCAAAUGGUACCCUCCAUGAUCAACUACAUCCUGCGGCUGGCGAGUGCACCAUGGAGUGGUCUCUAAGGCUCAAAAUUGCAAUUGGAGCAGCCAAAGGACUAGCAUGGCUUCAUCAUAGCUGCAACCCCCGUAUCAUCCAUCGAAACAUAAGCUCUAAAUGCAUCUUGUUGGAUGCAGAUUUUGAGCCCAAAAUUUCUGAUUUCGGCCUUGCCAGAUUGAUGAACCCAAUUGAUACACAUUUGAGUACAUUUGUAAAUGGUGAAUUUGGUGAUUUAGGUUAUGUUGCUCCUGAGUAUACAAAAACUUUGAUGGCCACACCAAAAGGGGAUGUUUAUAGCUUUGGGACUGUGCUUCUUGAAUUCGUGACAGGGGAAAGAGCUACACAAGUGGCUAAAGCUCCAGAAACUUUUAAAGGAAAUUUGGUAGAAUGGAUUACACAGCUCACAAGCCAUUCAAAUCUCCGAGACGCCAUUGACAAAUCACUUCUUGGGAAGGGUGUUGAUCAAGAGCUUUUCCAGUUUCUAAAGGUUGCAUGCAACUGUGUGACGGAAGCUCCGAAGGAAAGACCCACCAUGUUUGAAGUAUACCAGCUUCUAAGAGCCAUUGGGAGUAGAUAUAAUUUCACAACUGAGGAUGAGAUUAUGGUACCUGCUGAUACUGAUUAUGCUGAUAACUUAGAAGAGCUUAUUGUAGCUCGAGAGGUAGUUGGAUGAAAAUGUAUGUGAGAUUAAGAGGGUAUGUUAUCAAAUUUUAAUAUGUAAAGUAUCUUAUUUUAUGGUCCUAAAUUAAAGUAUUAUAAAUA